UCUUUAGAAUUUGCCAAGUAGGGUCCAAAAGAAAGAGAGCCGUGGUUGUAUUUGAAUCAUCACUUUUGAGUGAACAAAACCCUCUCUCCUAAAACGCCAAACCAAAACCCAAACCCAAACCCAAACCCUAAUCCUUGGCGGCUGUGAAAUCUUACGUUGUCCCCUUUCCUCUCUCUAGCCGCUCUAAAAUCCUAUUUCACCUUCAUUUGUCGGAGAUUUAGGGUUUUAUCUAUAAGAUCUGCAAUUCAAUUAUUACCUUCUCAUGGCUACCGUUGCUCCUUCCACUGAAGAAGCUGCAGAAUUGUUGCAGACUUUGUCCUUAGAUACUCAAACAAAGACUUUGGAAAUUCCUGAGCCCACCAAGAAGACUUCUGUUUACCAAUAUGGUGGUGUGGAGUCGGGUGUUUCAGCAAAUGGUCAGAUCCCCUCAGCUGAGCGGUCAGUGACACCUUUUCUGCCUGAUUUAAUGGAUCCAACGAUGUGCUACCUUCCUAAUGGUUAUGCCUCCCCUGCCUAUUAUUAUGGAAGCUAUAAUGGGAGUGGUACUGAGUGGGAUGACUAUUCUAGAUAUGCAAAUACUGAUGGUGUUGAGAUGGCAUCUGGUGUUUAUCCAGACAAUGGGUCUGUUAUGUAUCAUAAUGGUUAUGGAUAUGCACCUUACGGCCCAUAUUCACCUGCAACUUCCCCCGUUCCAACGCUGGUCAAUGACGGCCAACUAUAUGGGCCUCAGCACUAUCAAUAUCCUCCUUAUUUCCAACCGCUGACACCAAAUAGCGGGCCAUUCACUCCUAGUCAGGAACCCUCUUCUCAAGGGGAUCUUUCUUCCACAACUCCCCCUGACCAGAAGUCUUUGCCUGCAGAAGCCACUAAAGGGAAUUCUAGCGGAAUUGUCAGUGGUGCAGGAAUAAAGGGAAACAAUGGCUUAGCUCCUAUUAAAUCAACAUAUCAAAAUUCAUUGCUGAAUUCAAAUAAUACAAAUGGAAGGGGUAUUUUGCCAGGGGGAGUGCCUACUUCUGGUUAUCAGGAUCCAAGAUUUGGCUUUGAAGGGAAGUAUAGAAGCACUGGUAUGGCUUCUUCCUUCAUGAAGGCUAAUAAUGUACCAUCUUCAAGGAACCACAAUUUCCGCCAAAACAACAAUUAUAUGGGUUUGCAUCAUCCUGGUCCAAUGUCUGGGGUGGGAUCAACUCAUGGAUUCAUAAAUGGGAUGUACCCUAACAAGUUUUAUGGUCAAUAUGGAAACACUUUUAGAUCUGGUAUGGAUUUUGGAUCUACUGGUUAUGAUUCGAGGAUAAAUGCAAAUGGGUGGCUCACUGGGGACAGCAAAUAUAGACCUAGAGGGCGAGGCAAUGGUCACUUUGGUUAUCGCAAUGAGAGUGUCGAUGGUCUGAAUGAACUAAACAGGGGACCAAGGGCUAAGGGUUUUAAAAACCAAAAAGGUUUUCUACCUGUCACAUUAGUUGUUAAGGGGCAGAAUGUAUCACCAAUUGAAACUGUUAAUGAAGCAAAGGAUGAGACACAUUCUAUUCCAGACAGGGAACAAUAUAACAAAGCAGAUUUCUCUGAGGAUUAUGCUGAUGCCAAAUUCUUUAUUAUCAAGUCUUACAGUGAGGAUGAUGUCCAUAAGAGUAUAAAGUAUAAUGUCUGGGCAAGCACACCAAAUGGGAACAAGAAGCUUGAUGCAGCAUAUCAGGAGGCUCAGCAGAAAUCUGGCAGUUGCCCUGUAUUUCUUUUCUUCUCGGUAAAUACUAGCGGACAAUUUGUUGGCCUUGCGGAGAUGGUAGGGCCAGUUGAUUUUAACAAGAGCAUGGAGUAUUGGCAACAGGACAAGUGGACUGGCUAUUUCCCAUUGAAGUGGCACAUUGUAAAGGAUAUACCCAACAGCUUGUUGAAGCACAUUACCCUUGAAAACAAUGAGAACAAACCAGUAACUAACAGCAGGGACACACAAGAGGUUAAGCUAGAGCAGGGGCUUAAAAUGAUCAAAAUAUUCAAAGAACAUUCUAGCAAGACAUGCAUUUUGGAUGAUUUUGGAUUCUAUGAGAAGCGCCAGAAGAUAAUUCAGCAGAAGAAGGCUAAACAACAGCAGUUCCAGAAACAGGAAUUGGAAGGAAAGCUUGAAAAUGAGAAGAAAGAAGUGGCAAAUGGAUCACACAAGUCACUGGAGGUUGUGAGUGAUGCGACCCAGGAAUCCCUUUUAAUUGCCCAUUCCAUUGGGGACCUAAAGCAUGCAGAGAAUGGGUCAGUUGUAAAAGCUGGAGAUGACUCAAAGGCAAGUAAGACACUUGCCUCAGAGACUUGGAAGGUAGCAAAUGGGAUUGCCAAUGGUUGCUAGCUCUUACAACCCCCCAGCUAUAUUGGAUUAAUUUAAGGUUUAUCUGACAUUUGUUGCUCGAGUAGAAUGCUGAGCUAGUUGCUAUCAAUGCUUCCCAAGCAUUGGGCCACUGUUGUAGAGCUGAUGCUGCAUUAAAAGCUGCAAUAUUAUCUGAAGGGAUGGAAAGCGUCUUGAGAUUCUUCAGUUACAGUGAGGUUUGGUGGGCUUCUUAAAUCAAAAUUAUUUAUUUAUGGUUAGAGUUGGCUGCUGAUAGGUUUUCAUUCUCUAGAAGUUUGGGUUUAGUGUUUCUUGUUUUGUUGCCUUUGUAUUCUUAUAUGAUGUCUAUCAUUUCUAGUUUUCUUUUCUUUAUAGUUUCUAUUUUACUUGCAUGGCCUUUUUGUGCCUUCUGACAGUCCUGAUAGUUUACAAGGACCUGUUUAUUCACAUAUGUAGAGAGCUAUAAGCAAAAGGUGGGAAAGCUUUUCAAAUACAUAGUUGACUGAAAGUAGCUUUUUGUUUUUGAUUGAUCAAUGUCACAUUGCUUACUAUACUUGUUCGGUAAUUUUGUGAUCUCCUUGA